GGGGUAGGGUAUUCGAGUGUCAGAGGGCGAAGGUGAGUGAUGACAGUAGGCGAGCCCUUGAAUCCUGGAAUGGCAAAGUGGCUUCUGAGGUUUGGAGCAGUAAUUACAGGAGGGUUAGCACUGUCUGACUUGUAUGUUGCGACCCAUGUGGACCCUAACGAUAUUGGAUUUGUUCGAAUUAUACGAGCUAUGGCCACUACUGCAGUCAUCAGUUAUGACUACAUGACCUCACUCAAGAAGGUGGAGUAUGGGACAGAUGAAUACGAGACUGUCAAGUCACAGGUCCAUCGUCGCUCUGCUCAACAUUUGCUGGACCUCUGCUGUGCCAACAGGGGCACGUUCAUCAAAGUGGGCCAGCAUCUAGGUGGUUUGGACUAUCUGCUACCGGAGGAGUACACCAGCACGUUGAAGAUCCUGCACAGUAAAGCCCCACAGAGCAGUCUGCAGGAAAUUCACCAGGUCAUCGAGGAAGAUCUUGGCAAAGAGAUUCCUCAGCUGUUUGUCAGGUUUGAAGAAACCCCACUUGGUGCAGCAUCAUGGGCCCAAGUCCACAAGGCAGUGUUACAUGAUGGAAGGACAGUGGCAGUCAAAGUCCAGCAUCCGAAAGUGCGCAGUCAAUGUGCCAACGAUGUCAUUUUGAUGGAGCUUCUGGUUCGGCUCGUGUCAUGGAUGUUUCCCGAAUUCAGCUUUGCAUGGCUGGUUGAUGAAGCAAAGAAAAACAUGCCGCUUGAACUGGACUUCUUGAAAGAGGGCCAAAAUACAGAGAAAGUGGCCGACAUGCUCAAGCACUUUCAGUUUCUUAAGGUCCCUAAAAUUCAUUGGGAACUGUCAACCAGUCGUGUUCUGACCAUGGAGUUUAUGGAAGGUGGUCAGGUAAAUGACAGAGAAUACAUGAAGAAAAAUGACAUUGACGUCAAUAAGAUUUCUCAAAACCUAGGGAAGAUGUACAGUGAAAUGAUCUUUGUAAAUGGCUUCGUGCAUUGUGACCCACAUCCUGGCAAUGUGCUGGUCAGAAAGUCCACUCGAACCAACAAAACUGAAAUCAUUCUGCUUGACCAUGGAUUGUAUCAGAACUUGACAGAAGAGUUCCGCCUCGACUAUUGCCGCUUGUGGCAUUCUCUGAUAAGAACCGAUAUGAAAGGCAUCGAGAUAUACAGCCGGCGGCUGGGGGCUGGGGACUUGUACCCACUGUUUGCCUGCAUGCUGACUGCCAGAUCCUGGGCCUCUAUAACCAAAGGAAUUGACCAAACACCAGUCUCUGAGACUGAGAGGCAUACCGACUCUCGUUUGGAAGUUACUUCCGCAUCUGCCGCCGCCAACCUUUAAGAGGAUGAGCCUGUUGGAACUUCCUCUUUCCAAUUGAGUCAAGCCAUCAGAGAACUGAACCUGAUUUGAUACUCAUUCAGUAUUUGCAUACAGAGAAGAUGGCAUCGUGGUAAACGUCACUGGACUACUAACCCAAAGGCCCAGGCUAAUGCUCAGGGGUCAGCAGUUCAGAUUCCACCAUGGCAGCUUGUGGAGUUCAAACUUAUUCAACAAAAUGUAGAGUUGGGAGUUAGUGCCAGUAACACUGACCAUGAAACUACAGACCCACCACUCUUAACUGCCCUUUGAAAUAGCCUGAAAGAGUCAUAAAAACCCCAACUGGUCUUAUCAAUGUCUUUCAGCAAAGACAUCCUGCAACCCAUCCUAUACUGGUUACACUUGACUUCAAUCCUUCAUUUUGUAAACACUGCCUUGCUGAUAAUUCUCGCAUCUCACGAAGUGCUUUAAAAAAAGACUCCAAGGUCAGCUCUCAAGCCUUCAUAAGAGAAAAUUGAAAAAUAUCGUACAUCAGGGUAACAUUCUUCUCUUCAAGUUAGCCAGUGGUGAGAUUAUAUUA